UUCCUUGUUUUAUGAGACCAGCAAGGGCAGUGCAGGAAUAUGUUGAUUUGAGGCACUUGGGCAGUGGGUAGUCAGUCCCAUGACUUGGUUGUGGGCUGGAGUUGUCUCAGUGCCCAGUGUUCCUGCUGUGUAGAUUCUAACCAGCCUCCCAAAAUAUCAGGCACUAGUGUAACGGUAAGGUGGCCCACACGCUCCCCCGGCCUUCCAGGAGAGCAUUCACUGGGCUUCCCUUUGAGGGCUGGUGACUUGGCACAUCGGGAUCUUUCCCCCAGGUGCCAGCGUCGAUGUAGUGGCUUUAUGUCUCCUUGGAAGUUGCUCCUAACUGCCUCUUACUAGAGAGGAUCCUGUGGGAGAAGGAGGGUUCGGGUAAACUUUCUCUGGGACUGAUUUUAACAAUGCAUAUGUUAGAAAGGAAGCCUGAAGUAAUAGUGCUGGGUGCUUUGUGAAUUUUUUUCCACGGAGUUAAGUCUGUAAGGGUCGUAUUUUUGCUGCCUGAAUUGUCUGGUGCUAUGCUCUAUCUAAUAGAGAACCUAUUUUGACUUUUCUUUUCUGUACUCUUUCAAUCGAAGGGUAGCCUCUGAGGGUAAGUGACUAAGACUUCUCCUCUACUGUCCAAGCGCUUUGGUGCAGGGACAGCGGCCGUCCUCAGCCAAUCCAGCGCAGGCUCUCCACCGAAGGCCGGCUCUAGAUGGUGGUAUGCGCACGGUAGUAUAGUGCUGGCCGACUGCUGCUGUGGUUCUCUGACGGUGGCGCUGCUUGUUAACCCUGUCGUGCUUGGUAAUUGUAUUGAUGAGAGUUCACUGUCUUGACUUGAAUCCUGUCCCUUUAAAACUGCUGUACGUGUGCAAUAAAGAUGCAGUACCUGUGUCCUAAAAACAUUUCUGUGGAAAGCUGUACGAAUUGGCUGACGGGGACUCACACUUCAGUACGGGCUUGUGCCAGUUUUCCCGGAAGUCCUAAAGUUGCUCUUCAGCAGCUAAGUGUUGACACGUUCUAGUAAAAGACUCGUUAUUGAGAUGGGACAGUUUGGAAACGGUUCUUUGAUAUGCCUGAGAAGAGGACUUCCCUUUGGGCAUUGAGCCUUCCUCUGCAUGAUGUUCCCAUGCGCCCAGAGGUGUUUUCCCUUUCCAAGUGGACUCCCUCAUGGAAGGAGAAGGGCCAGGCCCUGAGCACCUCUUCGAGGAAAAGGGAUGCAAGAGGACGGCUUGUCUCAGAAGAGCCCUCGCAGGCUGCCUGCUCAGCCCAUUCAUUUGAGAAUUACAUGAAUGACAGCCUUCGCACAGAUGUCUUCGUGAGGUUCCAGCCUGAGAGCAUCGCCUGUGCCUGCAUUUAUCUUGCUGCCCGGACACUGGAGAUCCCUUUGCCCAAUCGUCCCCAUUGGUUUCUUUUGUUUGGAGCAACUGAAGACGAAAUUCAGGAAAUCUGCUUAAAAAUCCUGCAGCUUUAUACUCGGAAAAAGGUUGAUCUUACACACCUUGAAAGUGAAGUCGAGAAGAGAAGGCACGCCAUUGAAGAGGCCAAGGCACAAGCUAAGGGCCUGCUGCCUGCUGGCACCCAGGUUCUGGACAGCACUUCAGGGUUCUCACCUGCCCCCAAGCUGGCAGAAUCCCCUAAAGAAGGUAAAGGAAACAAGCCUUCCCCGCUCUCUGUGAAGAACGCCAAGAGGAAAAUGGAGGGCAUGAAGAAAGUUAAGGCUGACAGCCCGGUGAAUGGCUUGCCAAAGGGGCGAGGGAGUCGAAGUAGGAGUGGGAGUCGUGAGCAGAGCUACUCAAGGUCCCCAUCACGAUCUGCUUCUCCUAAGAGGAGAAAAAGUGACAGCGGCUCCACGUCUGGCGGGUCCAAGUCGCAGAGCCGUUCACGGAGCAGGAGUGACUCCCCUCCUAGACAGGUGCACAGAGGUGUUCCCUACAAAAGCUCCAAGGUGAGGAGCUACCGGAAGUCUAAGGACUGCAAGUACCCCACCCAGAAGCCACACAAGUCCCGGAGUCGGAGCUCCUCUCGGUCUCGAAGCCGCUCACGGGAGCGGGCAGAUAGUUCCGGGAAAUAUAAGAAAAAAAGUCAUUACUAUAGAGAUCAGCGAAGGGAGCGUUCUCGGUCGUACGAGCGCACGAGCCAUCGCUAUGAGCGGGAUCACCCUGGGCACAGCAGGCAUCGGAGGUGAGGCGCUGGGCUCCCAGAGUGCUGCCCUUCGCCCCUUGGUGUGCACCCGUGGCAUGACUGGCCCUGCGGUGCAACUCUUUUUGGAAAUGGCUGUUGGCUCUGGACCUUGUGAUGCAUUUGGAGAUGGACUCAAGAGGCCGGCGAGGUGCCCUUCAGGCCGGCCUGGGCACGGCGCGUACACUCGUGUCAGCACAGGGCCCGCCUCGGCAGCAGCCCUGUGGCAGCUUGAUGUGGAAGCAGAUGUGUACGUCCUGGUGGUGUGGCUUGGUGCUAACGACAGGCCGUCUUUACUCGAUUACGUUAAACCAAGAAAAUGACUUUUAGAACCUUUGCCUAUAUUAGGUUGUACUUAUGUACAUAUUUUGCAGUGUUUCACAAUGAGAAAAUGGCCUUAAUAGCCCCUUAUUCUCUAUUCGCCCUGUAAAUAAACAUGUGUUUAAUACAAGUUAAAGCUAUAUAUGAAAAUUCAGAACUUGAAUUCUGUCGGCUUAAAACUUGUGUAGAGAAUUCUGAUUUUUAAAAUGUGAAGGUAUUUAGAUCUGUGUUGAAAGUCGUAUAUUUUUAUCUGUGCGAUGCUGAGUGCAGGCCACCAGCUCCCAAAUAGAGAAGUUUCCUAUAUAUGCAUUUUACGUGGUUAAAUAAACACAAUUCUCUCUACUCAGGA